UUGUAUUAAUAAUUGGAGCAUAAUUGAUAAUAAAAGUGAAUUCAAAGGUUAAACUUGAAAAGAAAAAAAUGGAAAAAUUCAAAAAAUUGAAGAUAGAAUAGAAUUUUUGGGGAAUAAAUUUUUUUUGAUUGUAUGGGUGAAUUUGUGAGACGAUUUCCGUUUGUUUGAGUACCCACAUCGAUAUGUUUUGGUAAAAAAAUUAUUUAUGGGUAAAAUGGUCAGUUUUUAAUUAAAGUGAAUAGCAAAUAAUUAAUUUUAUGGAAUUUUUGACGGUACUGGAGAAUUAUUGAGAUAAUUUCCGGUAGUUUGAGUACCCACAUCGAUAUGUUUUGAGAAAAAAAUUGUUCAUGGGUAAAAUGGUCACUUGUAAUUAAAGUGAGAGAUUGGAAAGUUAAUUUUAUGGAAUUUUUGAUGGUACUAGUGAAUUUGUGAGAUAAUUUCCAUUAGUUUGAGUACCCACAUCGAUAUGUUUUGAUAAAAAAUUGAUAAACGGGUAAAAUGACAUUGGCAGUUGUAGGAGCUGUGAGCACGAUAAUAAUAGGAGUAACGAUACAUUAUUUGAUUCGUAAGAAAAAAAAGGCGCAAAUUUUGCUGGAGGAUCCGUCAAAAAAAUACAAACUGCCAUUGAUUGAAAAGGAAAUAAUAAGUCACGACACCAGGAGGUUCAGAUUCGGGCUACCGACUGAUCAGCACGUGCUCGGGCUCCCCAUUGGCCAGCAUGUCAAGUUGACUGCAGUAAUAAACGGGGAGUCAGUUUCGCACUCUUACACUCCAGUUUCCAGCGACGACGACCGCGGGUUCGUAGAUUUGGUCAUCAAGGUUUACUUCAAGAAUGUGCAUCCGAAGUUCCCAGAAGGGGGUAAGUUGACCCAGUAUAUAGAGAACAUGAAACUCGGGGACGAAAUUGACUUUCAUGGACCAGUUGGGAGAUUAUUUUAUCGAGGCAACGGUAAUUUUGCGAUCAAAAAAUCUAGAACUGAUCCAACAUUAGAUUUUCACACCGUCAACAAGGUUGUAAUGAUUGCUGGAGGUUCUGGAAUAGCUCCAAUGCUCCAGUUGAUACGCGCCAUCACGAAGGAUCCUUCGGACUCGACCAAAGUUUCACUCUUGUUCGCAAAUCAAACGGAAAAAGACAUUUUGCUGCGCGAUGAAUUGGAGCAAGUGCUCAAAAAUCAUCCAGAUAAAUUCACACGCUGGUAUACCAUCGACUCCAGCAGCGACGACUGGAAGUACUCGACUGGUUACAUCAAUGCCGAGAUGAUAAAAACCCACAUGUAUCCCCCCGCAGACGACACAAUCGUUCUAGUCUGCGGCCCUCCGGCCAUGAUCAAUUUCGCCUGCACUCCGAAUCUCGACAAGUUGGGUUACGAUCAAAAAUUACGCUACAUAUAUUAAUUUAUAAUCAUUUUUUAUUAUUAAUUAUGUAAAAAAUAUGUAAUAACAUUUUUUUAUGUAAGCAUGAA